UUUGUGGGCAAUUCAUACCAUCAUCGUAGAGGGAACAAUUGGGCAGCUCCAAGAUGUCGAUAGCUCACGGAAUUCGUACAUUGGGUGUGCUUGGUUCGGGCCAAAUGGGCCUCGGGAUUGCGUACGUCGCAGCUCUGAGAGCGAAAGUUCCUGUUCUGCUGUAUGACCGGUCGACGGAGCAGAUCGAAAAGGGCCUCAAGUUCAUGGACAAGCUCUUGGCUAAAGACGUGAGCAAAGGCAAGAUCCAGGACAUAGAGGCGAAGGAGGCCAGAGACCGGGUCACGGUGGUUAGCCAGGACCAGGCGUACAAGGGCUUUCGAGACGUUGAUAUGGUCGUGGAGGCGGUCUCAGAGAAUCUGCCAUUAAAGCAGAAGAUCUUCUCGUCUCUGUCCGCUGAAUGCCGACCGGACGCCAUACUUGCCUCCAAUACCUCCUCCAUCAGUAUAACUAAGAUUGCUGCGUCAACCAUCCCGGAGGGGCAGUCAAGUGCAUCCGGAUCAGGGAAACAGAGCGCGGCGCGCGUCGUCGGACUGCACUUCUUCAAUCCCGUCCCCGUGAUGAAAUUAGUGGAGCUGAUAUCUGCGCUUCAAACGUCGGAAGAUACACUCAACAGAGCGAGGGCAUUCGCGGUGGCGUGCGGCAAAGAGGUCACCGUGUCUAAGGACGUCCCCGGAUUCGUUUCGAAUGCGUUGCUAAUGCCUUUCAUCAAUGAGGCUAUUAUGUGGCUCGAGAAAGGGGUAGCUACCAAAGAAGACAUCGAUAAGACCCUGAAACUGGGGAUGAACCAUCCUAUGGGCCCAUUGGAACUGGCUGACUUCAUCGGACUUGAUACUUGUCUCGCUAUCCAGCAAACGCUGUAUCAGGGCACGGGUGACUCCAAGUACCGGCCUUCAGUGUUACUGGAGAGGAUGGUCGACGCUCAGUGGUACGGCAGGAAGAACGGCAAGGGUUUCUACGAGUACCCUGACGCAUGAGCACCAUGGGAUAUAGGCUUGCAGCUAGGUCGUACUCAUGGUUUCUCGAUGGUCAACCCAUCCGACCUCGUCCUGCUCCCUAUGAACGGUCUCGGCGGGAAACACAAAGUCACUUGUACCAGUACUGCCUCAUGCCUAAUACACUUAUUGCCACUA